AUGGCAAGUGAAAUAAAGAUAUGGAAUGUUCAUGAGGGGAUCAAUAUCAUAGGGAAUAGACUACGUGGUAAGAAGGUUCUUAUUGUUCUUGAUGAUGUUGAUGGAGAAAAACAAUUAGAAGCAUUAGCGGGGAACCAUGAUUGGUUUGGUCCAGGGAGUAUAAUCAUUGUAACAAGUAGAGAUAGCCAUUUGUUGAGAAGAUGUGGUGUGCAUGACAUAUAUGAAGCAAAGGGGUUGAAUAAAGAUGAAGCUUUGCAACUCUUUUGUUUGAGUGCUUUCAAGAAACCCCAUCCUAAAGAAAAUUAUGAGGAUUUUUCUACGCGUUUUGUGAAUUACACUAAUGGCCUUCCUUUAGCUCUUAAAGUUUUAGGCUCUUUGUUGUUUAACAAAAGCAGAGAUGAAUGGAAAUGUGUCAUUGAUAAACUAAAGGUAGAACCUAAUAAAGAAAUUUUGGAUAUUCUUCAAAUAAGUUUUGAUGGGUUAACGGAUACCCAAAAAGAAUUAUUUUUAGAUAUUGCAUGUUUUUUCAAAGGAGAGAACAAAGUUCGUCGUGGAUCUCCAAAAGAGGCUGGUGGACGUACUAGGUUAUGGAUUUAUGAGGAUAUCCUUCAUGUACUGAAGAAUAAUACUGGAACAGAGGUAGUUGAAGGCAUAAUCCUAAACAUACCUAUUCAAAAUGAGGAGCUUUUGGAUGCUGGAGUCUUCUCAAAGAUGAAAAAAAUGAGAUUGCUUAAAAUGGGUGAUAUGGGUAAUGUGAAACUACCACAAGGCCUCAAUUAUCUUUCUAAUGAGUUACGCAUUAUAGAAUGGCAUGGAUAUCCUUUAAGUUCCAUGCUAGCCAAUUUCCAACCAAACAAGCUUGUUGAAUUGAAAAUGCAUUGCAGCGGCAACAAACGACUAUGGAAUGGAAUUAUGAAUUUAGAUGAGUUAAAACUCAUUGACUUGCGUAACUCUCAAAACUUGAUUGAGACCCCAAAUCUAAGUGGAGUCCCAAAGCUUAAACAAUUGAUUCUUCAAGGUUGUACAGGACUGUCUAAGAUUCAUCCAUCUCUUGAAAAUCUCAAACAGCUUGUUCAAUUAGAUCUGAAUGGUUGCAAGCACCUUGAAAGCCUUCCACACAAGAUCAACUUGGAAUCUCUUAAAGUUUUUAUUCUUUCUGGAUGUUCAAAACUGACGAAGUUUCCAGAGGUUGUGGGAAAUAUGUCAUGUUUGUCUGAACUUUAUUUAAAUGAGACUGCUAUAAAAGAUCUACCAUUAUCAGUGGAGCUUUUAACUGGCCUUAUUAAAUUGGAUCUAAGAGACUGCAAAAACCUUUCAAGUCUUCCAAAUGCUUGUUAUAGUUCAAUGUCUCUAAAAUUUCUCACUUUAUCUGGCUGCUCAAAGCUUGAUGCACUACCAGCGAAUUUGGGGGAUUUCGAAGGCUUGGAGGAGUUAGAUGUGAGUGGAACUGCAAUAAAAUACCCACCUACAUCUCAUCUUAAAAAUCUCAGAGUACUGUCUCUUCGUGGAUGUAAAGGGCUAUCACCUAAACCUUCGAAUAAACUCUUUAGUUUUCCUUCAAUGCAACAGAGAAGAAGUCCAGAUCCCACUGCCAUGUUAGAGUUUUCUUUAUCAGGCUUAUGGUCUUUGACUGAACUAGAUCUAAGUUAUUGCAAUCUUCAAGCAAUUCCCAAUGCUUUUGACUGCUUGUCGUCUUUAUUGAAAUUAAAUCUAGAGGGAAAUAAUUUUGUUUCGCUUACUAAAAGUAUGAUUCAACUAUCUAAUCUAAAAGAUCUUGUUCUGAGUUGUUGCAAGAAUCUUCGAACAUUGCCUGAGCUUCCAUUAAACAUUAAGUAUAUCGAUGCAACACAGUGUACCUCGCUAGAAACAUUAUCAUCAGAAUCAGAAUAUGAUUUUCAGCCAGCACUUCGGCUUCUCAAUUGCGUCAAAUUGAUUGAGAAUCAAGGCUACAAUAACAUGUUAUUAACAAUUCUAAGACGUUAUUUCAUUAACAAAAAGCAUUACCGUGGGCAAGAAAGAUUGGCACAUUAUAUCGACAUUCCUGGAGGUGAAAUUCCGAACUGGUUUUGCCACCGAAACGUGGGGGCUUCAGAUUGGAGGUUACAAAAUGCGGGGCCCAUUUGGUAUUAA